GGGCACAUACACGGGCAGCAUGUAACAAUUCCAGUCAAAAUUCACACACUUCGCUCUCUACAUUGUGAAAAGUCGAAAUUGUACCCUCUUGGACGAUAACACCGAUCACGAUGCUUCCAGGUUUGCGCCCAAACAGCAAUGGCGAGCCAGUGGCCACGCUUCAAUUCUUCGAUGUCCGCAAGGGUCCUGGGCCUCAAGAUACGAUACUGAUUCAGAGUCACGAUGUGUUUAGGAUCGGGCGCUUUGCCACUUCCAAUGACUUGGUCAUCGGAGGUGACACCGAUGCCGCAGUAUCUCGAAAUCAUUGCGAACUAUACUCCAUUGUUUAUGAAGCGAAUUUGUGCCAUGUCUUCGUCCGAGACCGCCAGUCUGUCAACGGAACCUACGUGAAUAAUGUUUAUGUUGGCCAGGGCCCUGAUAUCACACCUGGUUAUCUACUUGAAGAUGGCGAUGUUAUCGAGAUCAAGCCGUACUGGAAGUUUCGGUACCAUCAGGUAGCCCAAUGCAUCGAAUCGGAUCUGACCCCAGUCCAGUCAGGGGAAUGCGAGUCAUUCUCUCAUCAAUACAAGGUCACUAAACGGUGUCUCGGACAAGGUAGCGAUGGUUCUGUCUAUUUGGCGCUUAAUACGAAGACCAAGAAGCAGCUCGUUUGCAAAGUGGUUGAUCUGGACAGCCUCCAGGGAAAAGGGAGGCGUGGCAAAGACCAGCGCCGUCGGAAGCUUCAAGAAACGGACAUACUGCGCCAAUUGCAACAUCCCAACAUAUUGGCCUACGUGGACGCUAUAUGCUCCCCCCAUACACUCUACACCUUCACAGAGCUUGCCUCAGGGGGCGAUCUCAUGUCGUUCUUCUUCCGACACGAACGCAUUCCCGAGUUUGACACCCGAAUCAUAAUUCGACAAAUUGUUCGGGGGCUAUCGUACCUCCACAGCAAAGGCAUUGUGCACCGCGACCUGAAGCCGGAAAAUGUUCUUAUGGCAUACUCGCCAAGCAUAUCACACCACCGCAUUGUGCUCGCAGACUUUGGUGCAUCAGCAGUCUCGUGCAGGAGUCGGAUGCUGACCUCGGUAGGUACGUUGAUUUACCAGGCGCCUGAAAUCGCAACAAAAGGAGUACCUCAAACUAGCGCUGUGGAUAUAUGGUCCCUAGGUGCCAUUGCUUUGUCCAUGGUCUCAGUCGAGCAUGGCAUACCCCAAGACCUGCGCUGUCAGGGCCAGGGAGUUUUAGAUCGUUUCCUGAAAGACGCCUUCGACAUUCCUAAUCCUACGCCGUCUCUGAAUGCUCGCAAAUUUGUUCGCAGCUGUCUGAGAAUCUCGCCAAAACAACGCAUCAGUAUCUCGGAAGCGCAAUCUCAUCCUUGGCUCUGCACAUCCGAGAAGCACGUCGAGUUUUUUGAGCGCCUUGAUGAGCGAAUGUUGUCAAAUUGGCACGCGAAUGAACAAAUCAGGCCGCUUCCAUGGGAUCUCGACAACUUGAUAGAUGUCAUCGCGAGCCAAGGGGAAUUGUCAUGAAUCAGAGUUCCAAGCAUUUCACAUUGGGUGAUAGGGAAGGUCAACAACAAUUUUCAUGAGCGGACACCAGCCGACACCACUCGGCCUAGAAAUCGAUUGUGCAUAUUCAACCACGGGUAGGUGCACUUUCGAACGGCUUUGGCGGAAGUAAUUGGCGAAGCUUCCGAGCAGGUGCAGCGGUUCACUCGGCCCUGGAUCCAGGUCCUGUAAUGUUGACCUAGCUGGUCGCGCCAGCGGAG